AACCGUUUACUUACCAGGAUUACUGUAAAACAGUUUUCAGAUAUCUUUUCAUGAUUUAUUUGCUUAUAACUUUUCAAACACCCCUAAAAACUUCCAUCGCGACAUCUUGCCUUUUGAUUGACCGCUCCAUAUUUUUUUCUUUUUUUUUCUAUGUGCUGAAUUUUCCUCCUGCUGGAGAAAGGAGAAAAAACAACACAGGGGGAAACAGAGAGCAAGACGGGCACAGCGGAAAAUAAAGGAGGUGGAGGAAUUAUUUAAAAAAGUGAAUUUAAAAAAAAAAGAAGGAGAUUAGCGGGAAGAUUGGACGAACUGGUUGUAUAAAAAAGAGAGAAGCGAGAAGACAUUGCGCAAGUGGAGAACGAGACUUGCUAUAUACAUUGAUCUUUUUAAAGAAAAGUCCUCGCUUUUGUGUGAAGAUUUCUUGCUCCCCAUCUGCGGAUUAAAAGGAGGUGACACCAUGACCACGGAAAUGCAGGAGAUCGCCAUCACGGAGGAGAAGCCUUUACUCACGGGUCAGGCUGAUGCCAAGGACGCUGAACUGGCUGCGAGGAUACUCCUCGACCAGGGACAGGAGCACAGUAUUGAGACUCCACACGGUGUUCUGCACGUGACCCUCCACGGCACACGGACCACCCGUAGACCCGCCAUCCUCACCUUCCACGAUGCAGGACUGGACAGUAAGAGCUGCUUCUCCCCUCUGUUUAAGUUCGAGGAGAUGCAGGAGAUAGUGAAGAACUUCACCCUGAUCCACGUGGACGCUCCGGGGCAGGAGGACGGCGCCGCUGUCUACCCCGCCGGUUACCAGUAUCCCUCCAUGGACACCAUCGCAGAGAUGAUUCCUUCCGUCCUGCAGUUUUUCAACUUCCGUACUGUAAUUGGAGUGGGUGUUGGAGUGGGAGCGUACAUCCUCUCCAAGUUCGCACUUGCAAACCCAGACUCAGUGGAAGGUCUGGUCCUGGUCAACAUCGACACUAAUGCGCGGGGAUGGAUCGACUGGGCCGCUCAGAAGCUCAGCUCAGUGACGUCCUCCCUCACAGAGCAGAUCCUGUCCCACCUUUUCAGUCAGGAGGAGCUGUCAUCAAACACAGAUCUUGUGCAGUCUCACAGAGAUCGCAUCAACAAAGCGCCUAAUAUGGUCAACAUAGAUCUCUUCUGGAAGAGUUACAACAGUCGCAGAGACUUGAACAUUGAACGCAACAGCACCUUCAAGUGUCCAGUCAUGUUGGUGGUGGGCGAUCAGGCUCCAUAUGAGGACGCCGCCGUGGAGUGCAACAGCAAAAUGGACCCAACAACAACCUCAUUCCUAAAGAUGGCUGAUGCUGGCGGUCUCCCUCAGCUGACCCAGCCUGCUAAACUGACUGAGGCGUUCAAGUAUUUCAUCCAGGGAAUGGGCUACAUGGCUUCAUCUUGCAUGACCCGCCUGUCCCGCUCCCGCACCACCUCCCUCUCCUCCUCCUACUCCAUGGAUGGGUCCCGCUCUCGCUCCCGCACCCUGUCGCAGGGCUCGCAGGGCGGUCAGAUGCCGCCAAGCCCCUCCCAAACGAUGGAGGUGUCUUGCUGAAGCAAAAAUAAAUACAUGAUAGCAAGAGAGAGAGAGAGAAAGAGAGAGAGAGAGAGAGAAGAAGAGGGCGUAAGGGAAAGAUGAAGCAUGAUGAUAAUGUAGGAACAAGACGAAUGGGUUACUUAUUUGUCACUUAACAACUCCCAUCAUUCCCCACCAGAGCAGGAUAGGACGAGAGACAGGGAGAGGGAGGGAGAAAGAGAAUUGGAGGGAUUUCAGAGGAAGAUAUCUUCCACAUUUUGCACCACACAUAAGUCCGGUCCGUCUCCUCACAUCCCCCUUCCAGCUGAAGUGGACUAGGCUGUUGUACAAUGAAUUUACAGGCAAGAAGAGAUUAAAUAAUACAAAAAAAGGUGUGAGGUUGGGAAAGAAAGGUCACGAGUCCUCUCUCCCUCCCUCUAUUGGAGCCUCUGUCAGCCAAUAGAGCCCUUUAAUUUAGAGAAGGAGGCCUAUAGAGACCACAGUCCUUGCGUUAACCAAUAAUAGUAAUAAUUCUGAAAAACGAUAUUGUUGUUGAUGAUUAUGUUGUUGAUGCUGAAGCUAAUGAUGAUGAUAAUGUAAUAGAAAAAAAAAAUACCAGUAACACUUUUUUCUCUUUAUUACGCAAUGAGUUUGAAAUGACAUAGAUAACAAUAAAAAAAAUACAAUAGCAGAGAUACUUAUAACAAUGUGUGUCUACUACUUUUUAAGCUAGUUUUUAUUGUGUUAUUUUGAUUUUCUUUAAUCGGAAAUUUUAUUUUUUUCUCAUUUGUAACCUUGCCUCAGCUGAACGGCUGAAGCUGCUGAUUGGUUGAAG